AUGCUUAGCUUCAGCUAUCCGAACGUUGAACCUCAGACCCCAACGAGGACUCCUCCCGCAGCAGUUUUUGGCGAUUCUGCCCUUCAAACCCCCAAACUUGAAUCCAGCUUUUUUGACCCUCGAGUCACUUGGGAUACCUCGGAUCCAUAUGCCUCGAGUCCAGAGUUCCUUAGAACCCCUCAAAAGUUUGGCUUAAAUACACGGUCAAACAGUAACUUGCGCUUGCCCGACACAAGCUCAGACCGAGUCGGAGGGCAAGAAGUCCCAGACUUGAGCGGUGCAAAGGUAUUGGAUCAACAGACUAAUACAGCAAAACGCAUCUAUUCGUCAAAACCAAAUGAGAAUCUGGGAGAAGAUGGCCCUCGGACUGUGGAUUCUGCCAAGUCCGCUGCUUCAAUGCAGACUCCUCCGCCGAGCAGCGCUUCGAGAAGAAAGGUGACAGAGUUUCAAGGCCUCGGUGGUACGGGUCGACGGCUAUCAGCUUCUAGUGUCGUUGGUGAUCACCUAGAGACACCUAGUCGACUGAUGGGUGCAUCUCCCCGCCUAUUCGGAGAUCUUCAAACUUCCCCAGACCCUUUCCAGCUGGCGUCGAUUGAUCCGUCUGCAUCGCCUCUCUUUCCCCAACGAGGGUUGUUCUGGGACCAUGAUCCUGAGCACCAAAGUGGCAGAACGACCUCGUCAGAGAACAAUGCCAACCUGUUUCAUUCCACCCCUCCAGCUGCAUUCCAUGCCAAUCAAAAUUUUAUGCACGACUCUCAUGUUCCCCAGUUACCCUCGAUCGAGGGCAACUUGGAGCUCCCGGAGCUCAACAACAAUGUGUAUGGCCUCUCUUCCGCCACGGAUGCAGCCCUUUUCCCUGCCCCUUUCUCGACCUCACCCCGACUCCCGAUGGCGAAAGCAGAGGACCCUGCCAUGUUUCUAAGCUCCCCUGCCCGACGAUUCGGUGGCCCUCAACCAACUCCGGAUAAGCAACUGUUUUCAAGACCGACUCGACAACCAUACCACCACCAGACAGAAGAAUCCAAACGAGAAGAACUUCGUCGUGCUCAAAGCGUGAAUUGUCAUCUUCCUGGAUAUGACGAAUGUGAUGAUGAUGAUUACACCCCUCGACAAGCACGGCCCACCCUGACUCGCAGUCUAACCCACAGUGCGGUGACAUCCUCAUAUCGUCCGGGACUGACUGGCCUAAUGGCUUCCGCCAAGGGGAUCCGAAAAAGUCCGUCUAAGGGACGGUCGUCUCCGACCAAACCUCUACGUCAACCAUUGCCGCGGACUAGCUCAACAAGUGUUUCUGGCUUUCCCAGGCGUUCCCAAUCUGUGGUUCUGAAAAUUGGCAAAGACGGUCGAGCGAAGGCGGAAAUGCAGACCGUUGCCGAGACUUCAACAGGCUUGACAGAUCCUGUCAUGGGAAUGGAAUUGGACGGUUCUACGACCGAAAGUGAGUAUGAUUCGACAGAGUUUUCGGAAUAUCCGAUGGUACCCAACCGAAACCCUUCUUUUACCUUCUCCGACGUCGGUAGACCUAUGCUGGCCCGCAGCGACUCCGGUUCCCGACCUCAGUCAAAGGGUUCGUACACAUCCACUGCGGCUUCAUCCCACUCGGGCCGGAUGUCUCCUUGGAGAGGCGUAUCUCGUGGAAGUGUUCGGAGACCACAAUGCAGGCCAGGCGCCGAGGAAUGGAAACAAACGCCUAAACGGCAGUCGAUGAUUAAUUACGACCUAUCAUACCGCAGCGCCAGUUCUAUUCCAGGACCCCUUGCCGACCCUGAAGAAGAUAGUGGUGAUGCACAGCAUGCUCUGCGGAAGGUGCUACAGGAGAGAGGCCGGAUUCCCAGACCUCAUACCGUAGGCUACGGUCCGCGGGCCAACCGACCCUCACGAUCUUUGGCUCACCUUCGGUCAUCCCCACCACGGUUUGGUAUUGAGCUUGAUCUUAACACCCGAGACGCUAAUACAUCGCCCACGACCAUGACGGAUCCCGACCUGGCCACACCGAGCACCGACCGAUAUAGCAAUCCCAGCAAUGGCACUCGGUGCAUUUGUAACUCUAUGGAUAAUGGUGGCCACUUGAUGAUUCAAUGGUAUGGCUGGCCCCCUAGCUAUUUGCAUGACCGAUAUCGAUCUGACCCAAGCGACAGUGAAUCAUGCAGCCACUGGCUACACACCAAAUGUGUCGGGCUGGAGCGAGCCAACCUGCCGUCGGUGUAUGUCUGUAUGUUCUGUGCACAGACGCCCACUCGUCGGAAUCGAGUUCGAGCUCCUCUAAGUGGUGUUGGGCAUGCACCGACGUCACCUUUGGCACACAAGUCUUACAGAUUCCGAUGA